GCAAUUAUAGUCUAUCUUCUCUGUGAGUUGUUCAGCAGCAGCUUUAUUGCCUGUAUGGUGACCAUUACCUUGUUGCUGUCAUGUGACUUUUGGGGCAGUCAGGAAUGUCACAGGUAGACUAAUGAUUGGCCUGCGCUGGUGGAAUCACAUUGAUGAAGAUGGAAAAAGCCAUUGGGUGUUUGAGCCCAGGAAGGCCUCCCCUCAAGACAGUAAGAGCGUGUUGGAGGCUGAGUCAAGAAUCUUCUGGUUGGGGCUCGUUGCCUGCCCGGUGCUCUGGGUGACACUUGCCUUCAGUGCCCUCUUCUCCUUCAGGGUGAAGUGGCGGGCAGUGGUUAUCAUGGGUGUGGUGCUGCAGGGGGCCAACCUGUAUGGCUACAUCAGGUGCAACGUGGGCAGCAGGAAGAACUUCACCAGCAUGGCCACAUCGUACCUUGGAAAGCAGUUUUUAAGACAAGGCGCCGGAGACCAUCAGACCUCCUGAAGACAGUGAGGGGGCCUGCGUGUUCUUUCCAUUGGGAACAACCGAAGGGCUCUGGACUCGGAAACUUUAGAACUCAUUACCUGUUGCAAAGAGGAGUGUGGGGUUUGCUUUUCCAUUUUAAAAUUUACUUAAAAGGAAACGUAGUUUUCAUAUUAAGUUUUUACUUUCUUUCCAGCAUUUGGGGGUUGCAGGUGUGGGCUGUGGCUAGGAACACUGUCAGCACGUGGUCCAUGGUGUACAUAUGUGUGUGCAGUCAUGUGAGAUCCGUGUAUCUUCAGUUCACCAGAGUGUGUUCGUGCCCAUGUGGAAUGGAGCGUGAACACGCUUUGCAUCUU